UCGUAGAUGGUUGUCCGGCGGCUGCGGCGGUGAGCUUCCGAGUGCGUUCGCAAUUCCUCCGCGUUCAAGUUUGUGCAUCCUGGGGUCCAGUCGUUUUUUUUGGGAUAGUGAAUUAUUGGGGAGGACAACUGACAACUGCCACCCCCAUUUCGGGACAGCACUUUGAAGGUGUUCUGUGGGGUGUUGUGGGUGGUGUUCUCGAGCGGAAGAAUUUCUCAAAGAGAUGCUGGAUAAUUACAGUGAGCGUGGCCAAACGAGCGAAGAAUGCAGUGCAAUUUUUGGAAAGUAACGGAAGAUAAUUCAAAAAGUGGAGAAGCUGGAUCCAAAGAAGAUAGGAAAUGAAAAGCCGGCGAAUAUAACUGGUGAUUGAUAAUUGAGCCUCUGAUAAAAGCAAUCCGUGAUGGAGUGCUAAGUGGGAAAAAUAAAAAUCGAAGUGUCGUGUGAAAACAAUCAUUUCUCCCGUGAUCAAUUCGACAAACUCGCGGAAGAUAGAAGUUAAAUCUGAAAACGAAUUCCCGGUGAUUGAUCCCGGGGGUGUGUGAAAUUGUAAAAGUUCUCAUUUAACUUGCCCAUCGUUAGAGGAUAACACACUGAAACCGGGAGAAGGCAAACAGUUUUGACCGCCUGCUGACUGACUCUGCCAAACGUGAUCCGCGGCGAUCGAAGCAGGAAGCAAUCAGAUUUCGGCGGAGAAGAAGAGCAUGUUGCUAGCUGACCGUUACGGAGUGUUUCAUUAGCACCAGUCAGUGCCCAAGCGCUCUCUGAACACAUUUUCCCCUUGGAGCGAAGUCCUUUCCGGAAAAGCGUAACAAUUCAGACGAACCCGCCGUCCAUUUCCUCCGCUGCUGGCUCAAGCCCAUCAUGAUGGAGCUGCAGCAGGUGCCAACGGAUGGCGAAGCCUUUAUUGAUCGUUCUCUGAUUUAUCUGGCCAUGGUAACGGCAGCAUCGUCCACCAGCUUCGCCGCGGAUACCGACGAGGGUGGCGGCCCAGGAGCCCGGAACGGAACCAGCGUGGAUCUUCUGCUGCAGCAGCCAGCGGUCGUUUCGAUCAACGGUUCCAGCAGCGGUGGCGGCGGUGAAAUGUUGAACGAAAAUUUUGGCACCAAAGCCGAUUCCAUCUGUAUCAUACUGCCCAUCACCAUAUUCUACUGUUUCAUCUUUGUGGCCGGCAUCGUGGGUAAUUUGGCCAUCUGUAUUGUGAUUGCCAAGAAUCGGUCGAUGCACACGGCCACCAACUACUAUCUGUUCAACUUGGCUGUUUCGGACUUUUUGCUGCUACUAUUCGGAAUGCCCCUGGAGGUGUACGGAACGUGGUACCCCUACGCUUAUCCAUUCAACCAAGUGGCCUGCAUCAUCACCGGGCUGCUCUCGGAGACGGCCACCAAUGCCACAGUUCUGACGAUAACGUCCUUCACCGUGGAACGCUACAUCGCCAUUUGUCAUCCCUUUCGAUCCCACACCAUGUCGAAACUCUCUCGAGCGAUCAAAUUCGUCAUCGCAAUCUGGUUGGUGGCGUUUGGAUUGGCCACCCCACAGGCGUUGCAGUUCGGAGUGGUGGAAAGCGCCCAUACGAGGCUUUGUACGAUCAAAAACCGCCACUUUGAGCAUGCCUUCGAGGUGUCGAGUUUUCUGUUCUUCGUCGGUCCGAUGACAGUCAUCGCGGUGCUGUACGUGCUGAUCGGGAUCAAACUACGCAAGAGCAAGCUGCUGCAGGGCGUCAAACGGCAGGGACCGGGUCUCGGCGGCGGCGCCAACCACGUCCAUCAUCACCAUGGGGUUGGAGUGGCCACUUCCGGUGGCGGGGCAAGUUCUCGCGCCGUCACUGGUCAGACACGUGUGAUACGAAUGCUCGUGGCCGUGGUGGCGACAUUUUUCUUCUGCUGGGCACCGUUCCACGCACAACGACUGAUGGCCGUGUACGGGGCCGUUACCAACACGGAUAAUGAAUUUUUCUUCCAAGUCUACACUUAUCUCACGUACAUAUCCGGCAUACUGUACUUUCUGUCGACGUGCAUCAACCCGCUGCUGUACCACAUCAUGAGUCACAAGUUUCGGGAUGCUUCCAGGCGCACCCUCAAAAUGAGCUGCUUUGGAGUCGAUGCCAAGCGAUCCGAAGCUCAAAACCACACGUACAGUGCUUUGUCGCGAUACGGACUAACAGGAAACGGUGGCUCCUUCAAAGCUGGAUCGAACAUCCACUACGGAACCCCAAUAGCCCAUAAUAGGCCCAUCACGGAUAUGCAGUUCUGUCAACAAGAAUCGGAAAUGUCACUACUUCGUUGCGAACUUGGGCGGUGUGUGAAGGCGGACCCGCACUGUGUCUCCAUAAGCAGUCAAUCGACGAUCUUGACCACCAUGAGCAACAACGGCGCCAAUCGUUCGCUAUCGGCCGAACGAUCAAAACAAUUGAAUGGGCGGUCCGUUUACCGUUCGUCCGAUAGUUUAGGUUCCCGAGGAAGCCUCCGGACCGGAGGGGUGCCUCUGGAGAACGGUGAACCGGGAGGGCGGCUAUCCACCAUUGCGGAAAAGCUACGACGCGGUACCAAGAAGGUGCUACAGUUCAGCAAAUCACCGCCGACGUCACCGACAAAGGUGUCGACCGGUGUGCAGACUUCCGAUCGGGACGACAAGCGACGGUGGCUGCGGAAGAAGGAGAGCGUCGACUCCGUGGACACCAACACGAUAAGCAAUUCGAGCCUGAAGGAGUAUGACGAAGAGGAGUUCUCCAGCGCUGAGUUGGCUAGAUUUAUGGCAGAGAUCAAUAAUGAGAUUCGUUGAAUGCGUUUCUGUGAAUCAUAUUU